AUGUCAAAGUAUAAUUUGAUUUGGAAACAAUCUACACAAUCAUUAUUACGAACAAUUAACCCUAUUAAAAGGGCUAUACCUUUCACUUAUAAAAGAUUCAAUUCAUCAUCUAUUAAUAAAUCUUUUGCAAUUAAAAAAAACAAUUAUAAUGCUUAUAUUGGUGUAGUAACAAUUUCACUUGGUAUUAUUGCUUACACCACUGUUACGAAAUCGAUCUCGAACGAUGAAGAAGUUGAACCAGAAAAGAGAACUAAGUUCCCACUAGUAGAUCAUCCUUCAAUUAUCAGAUUGGGUCAAUUGGACUCUCCGGAAUACUGUACCGAUGAAGAAACUUUAUUAAAAGUGUUUACUCAAAUUAAAUCGAUAUUACAAAACGAUCCUGAAAAUUUCACAGAAACUGUAAAUGAUCUGAAAUCUCAUUCAGAUACCUAUUUCAAUACUCACCAUGCUACGGCAAAACAAGUUCCAGGGUUAGUUACGUUCCCCAGAUCUACAAAUGAAGUCUCGCAGAUCAUGAGAUUAUGUCACAAGUUCAAAAUCCCUGUAAUCCCCUUUUCGGGAGGCACAUCAAUUGAAGGUCAUUUCUUACCUACCCGUGGACAUUCCACAGUUAUUAUCGAUUGUUCCAAAUUUAUGAAUAAUAUCAUUAAAUUGAAUAGGAAAGAUUUGGAUGUUCAAGUGCAGCCUGGUGUCUCGUGGGAAGAUCUGAAUGAUUAUUUAGCAGAUUAUAAUUUGAUGUUGGGAAUUGAUCCUGGUCCAGGUGCACAAAUAGGUGGUUGUAUUGCCAACUCGUGCUCUGGUACAAAUGCAUACCGUUAUGGUACUAUGAAAGAGAAUGUAGUUAAUUUAACUGUGGUGUUACCAGAUGGGUCCAUUAUUAGAACUCGUGGGAAUGGUAGACCAAGAAAAUCAAGUGCAGGCUAUAAUUUGAAUGGGUUAUUUGUUGGGAAUGAAGGUACUUUGGGGAUAGUGACACAAGCUACUAUCAAAUGUCAUGUGAAACCCAAAUUUGAAAAAAUUGCUGUAGUAUCCUUCCCCACUGUGGGGAAUGCUGCAGCAUGUGCUAGUGCAUUAACAGAACAUGGUAUCCAAUUGAAUGCUAUGGAAUUAUUGGAUUCUGAUAUGAUGAAGAUUAUUAAUCAAACAGGUCAAACAUUCAGAUCCGAUUGGGCUGAAUUACCAACCAUGUUUUUCAAGAUUGGUGGUAUGACUCAUCAAAUUGUAGAUGAGAUGGUCAAGCAAUUACAAAAGAUAGCUACAGAACAUGAAUCGAAUAAAUUUGAAUUUUCUACUAGUGAAGAAAAUAAAUUAGAAUUGUGGGGGGCCAGAAAAGUGGCGUUAUGGUCUGUCAUUGAUGCUGGUAGACAACAAGAUGACCGUGCAAGGUUAUGGACCACUGAUGUAGCAGUACCAUUAUCUCAAUUCUCCACCGUUAUUGAUCAAACAAAGGAAGAUUUAAGAAAAAGUAAGUUACUAAAUGCCAUGGUAGGCCAUGCUGGUGAUGGUAAUUUCCAUGCAUUUAUCAUCUACAACAAUGACGAAGAAUUCCAGACUUGCAAACAAUUAGUGGAGAGAAUGGUCUAUAGAGCGUUGAAAGCUGAAGGUACAUGUACGGGUGAACAUGGGAUCGGGAUCGGUAAGCGAGAAUACCUCGAAGAGGAACUGGAUCAAGAGACGAUCGGAUUGAUGAGAAACAUAAAGCUGGCCAUCGACCCAGAAAGGAUUUUAAAUCCUGAUAAGAUCUUCAAGAUCGACCCACAAGAACCAAGUGAGUAG